GCUUAUAACAUUUCAAAAAUUAUCUGAUAUAUUGUGUCUAUUUUAUCAAACUUAUUCUUAUUUCCAUUAGAGUAGUGUUAUAUAAUUUGGAAUAGCAAAAUUCACGUGCUCUUUACAUUGUAUUUUAUGCUAAAUAUUGAUAUUACAAUAGGUUUUUCACAAUGAUAUAAGGAUUUAUGGAACUUUCUGUUUCUGAAAUCGAUCUCGAAUGAUUAUGAUGGAUGAAACUUAACCCUCUAGGAAAGUUUGCAGUUUUUGUAAAUCAUGUCAACGCCCGAAUUGCCCGAUUGUUGUGAUAUCGGAACGGAAGAAAAAGAGGCCUCCUCACAGAAAGUUCACAAACUUAGAGCCAAAAGAGAUCAAGAAGAUGAAGUAGACCCUGUGUAUAAGAAAUUGUCAGCCAUCAAUGGGGAGAUAAAUCGUAUGACAGUGAAGGAACUCCAUGACAAGCUGCGUGAGCUGAAACUGGAUGUCAGAGGUACCAAGGACAUUCUAAAGAAAAGACUGAAGAUGCAUUUCAAGCAGAGGAAGUUGAUGAAGGCUAAAGCAAAACCUCCCGGAGACUCUACCUAUGAUUAUUUAAUCAUCAUCGACUUUGAAGCAACCUGCCAAGAAAACAACCUGAACUACACACAUGAAAUCAUUGAAUUUCCGGCAGUGUUAUUAGACUGUCACACCAGGACUCUAGUUGACGAGUUUCAUGAAUUCUGCAAGCCUCUUGUUAAUCCACGGCUGACUGAAUUCUGUACUUUUCUCACUGGAAUAUCUCAGGAGGUAGUAGAUAAAGCAGACGAAUUCCCAGCCGUCCUUGAUCGAAUGCAGUCGUGGAUGAAUGGUCACUAUCUAGGAAUAGAUCAUACUUUUGCUAUUGUUACUGAUGGACCCUGGGAUAUGAGUCGUUUUCUUCAAAUUCAAUGCAACUUGAGCAAAAUUCCGUUUCCUUAUUGGGCGAAAAAAUGGAUUAACAUACGUAAAGCAUAUUCUAGUUACUAUUCCUGUAAGCGAAUGAACCUAGAAGAAAUGCUGACAAAUCUUGGACUUAAAUUCGAGGGAAUACAACAUUGUGGUCUUCAUGACUCCAGGAAUAUUGCGAGAAUUGCUAUUCAGCUCUUACAGGAUGGAUGUGAUUUGGUGAAAAAUGAAUUUCUGCAUGUCGCACCUCCUUCACCAGGUGCAAGGGGUGCUGACAAGUGUGCAUCAGGCAAAACACAGAGAGACAGUAAUGAAAAGAAAAGCAAAUCCAGUGAGGAAAUGGAACAGAGACUGAAGGAGCUGAAGCUGGAGUCCAAGAACUUUGUAGACGAAAACGAAGAUUUGUUAGAAUAUCACAGAUUACAGUCAGCAUGAAUCACAGUCAGGUGUAAAUUACAGGUAGAUUACGAUUUCAGUUUACUUGGACGUUAAAGUCACAGGUGUAAAUUACUUUUCAAUGUACAAGGACUUAAAAUGAUUCAACAGGCUACAAGCUUCUGUGCUGCAAAAUGGAUUGGAUGUGACAUGUCAAGGUGUGGUGAAAAGUGGAUGAUUAUGACAGGAAGUCUGUAUACUGACUUAAUACUGAACAGAUUUAUGUUGCAUUGUGUGUUUCCUGUGAAAUAAACUAGUAUCAUCAGAAACCGUCAAAAUGAAUUUGAAAAAAUAAAAGAUUGGUCAAA